GACUGGAGCCCUUGAUCAGUUAAGAAAGGCAAGAUCAAUUAGUAUUAGUGAAGUAUUUAUCACAGCGGCAAAGUUGCAUCAUUCUGUGCCGUCAGAUUGACAUUUUUCACAACUCAUCAUGUUACCAACAUGAGGUGAUAAUCUGGGAAUAUAAUAACAUUGCUGUUUGAUGGAAGUGUCAUCUUAUGGUCAGUCAUUACUGAGAAUAACAAGUCAUAGUGUGAAGGGUGCCUCGUCUCAUCUUACCCGUAUUUUCUAUAUCGAUAUCCCAUGGAGUAGUGGUACUAAGGUGUCAGGUUGAACCAAGGGCGAUAUUGACAGUGCUGGUCCAGCCUAUUGGGACAGACAUUGUCCGUUGUUGUACCGGAUUACAAUGAGGACUCAACUUUACUCGAGUCUUAUUGUCACAGAUCACAUAUUCAAAACUUUUUUUAUUUGCUCCUCAUUCAUGUCAUUGGGUGAUAUGAAUAAAGACUAGCAAAUGCUUUUACUUCAAUUUUGUACAGAAAGGCCUAGUGUAAAUGUACAUGGAGUUUUAGAUAAAAGCAUUUGCUAGUCUUUAUUCAUAUCACCCAUUGAUAUCAGAUCAUGAGCAACUUUGUGAAAAAGCCCGUGUCUAAUUUCUUGCUGUCCCUUGCGAUGAAGGGUUAAAAUGACAAUGUGACUUCUGUCUUGUCUGAUCAAAUCAUUCCAGAUCACGACAUUGUUUACCGGGGGUAAUUCAACUUUCCUCUGAGGUCUGUUUCAUGCAUAAUCUAAUUACCAUUGGGAGCUUUUAGAGUGAUUGCAAUUUUGGUCCUCGAUGUUAUUGGGAAGCUGGUUACUUUAUCGCUUAUGGUAAUGUGAUAAGCAUUUGUGUGGUUAUCCUUAUGUCACAAUGGUUGUUGCUGUUGGUGCAUCAUCCUAUCAUUUAUCAGUCGGACGUCAGCUUGCAGGUUGUCAGGUUUGUCGUUGAGAAUUAUAGCUCAGUUUAUAAACGGUCGAUUUGUAAAACGUAUUGUCAUGGAAACUAGUUGCUUGAGUGAUUCUUCAAUGGAGCCUGAGGGUUGCGAUCUUCAGUUCUAUUUCAUGUACCAAGACGAGGCGUUCAUACCCGUCUUUGCGGGGAACACUGCAACGCGAUCCAAUGUGGAGUCUGUGGAUAUCGCCAUACAGACGGAUCAGGUCGAGUUGGAGAAGUUGAACCAUGCUUCUGUUGAGAUUAACCAGCUUGAGCUCGAAUUAGAUGAUGCAAGAGCAGCAUUCAGACAAGCUCUCUCUGAAUCCACGCAGAGGUUAAGCGCCCUGUCCAAGAAACUUGGCUCAUCUAUAGAGAAGGCGCGGCCAUACUACAAGGCAAGGAUGGAGGCACUGGAGGCUGAAAAUGACACGAGAUCAGCGGCGCUUCGAUUUGAGCGAGCAUUCAGCAUGCAACAAGCGGCCAAGGAGAUGGUGUUCUUGGCCGAACAGGGCUAUUUCAACAAAGGACAGCCAUUUGACACAGCUUGGCAGGAAAUGCUCAACCAUGGCACCUUGAAGGUGAAUGAAGCAGAAGUUGAACGCCUCGAGAGCGAGUUAGAACAUCAACAAACAGCUGCCGUGUACAACGACCUUGAGCAGCGGGCUAAGCAUUUACAGAAGAAACUCAAGACCUCCAUUUCCAGAUCAAAAAUGUCCAUUCGCCGGUCCUUCCUUCAACUAAACAGUCUCUGUAAUGACUUUAACCUUGUCCUUCUGCCGUACUUUGAGCAGAAGGCCAAAUUUAAUCAAAUUAUGGAGGAACGGAAACACCAUGUUAGUUCCCUCGAAAAACAGGUCAUCAGGGCUAAAAACGGUUAUUCAGACGCACUGAACGCUUUAGAGACAAUAAGUGAUGAAAUUCACAAACAGCGGAAUGAGAAGAAUGCACGGACUACCCUCGGCCGGAGGGGAAGCGGAGUCGGUGCAGAAACACCAGCCCCACCACCUGAUGACAAAUCACCCGCUACGAAACCUAGUCGUAGACUUUCAAAGUCAACAAGUGAUUUUUCAACCCAGACAGACGAAAACGGUGCAGGAAAGGACCAGGGUUCACCGAGGACCCCACGGAGUUUGGAAGAAAUUUUACAGGACAUUUCACCAAGUGCAAAACGGCGGUCUCUUAAAGGUUAUGCGAAAAGAGACUCAGUAAGACGGCGCACCCUGGAACGAGGGCAGGAACUAGAUGUGCCUCAGUUGUCUCGGGAGGUGUCUCCGACUAUGUCACUGCCGUUGUAUUCCGAUUUUGAGAAUGAGGAGUACAUGAAACUUCCGCAUGAGUCACCACAUUUGGUUGAAAAAUCACCACCGACAGACAUUUUAAAUCCAGUCAGUUUAGAGAACAAGGUGGAUGAGUUAAGUUUGGACGAUCAAGAUGGGAAAAUGUUGCACGAUUUUAAACGUUUGCCAAAUACUUGUACAACUGAACCAAAGCGUUUUGAACAUUCAGAUUCGAAUAUAGAAAAGCAUGUGCCAGCUGCCAACAUUCAUGUUCAAAGUAUUAGUAUUGUUGCCACUAAUAGUGGGCAGGACAUUCAAAAGAUGCCGCCACCAGCUGCACCAGUGCCAAGGAGAAAGUGUGAGAGUGAUACGGGCAGACCAGCAUUGUUAAGCCCGAAGAGUAGUGUGGACGAGUAUGACGCGUCUGAUACCGAGAGUGUCUGUAGCAGUGUCAACGUUAUUGACGAUGAACAAUUGCAAUAUCUAAUGAACGAUAAUGCACCUGCUCCACUCCCCGAUAUAACGGAGGAAGACAUAGAGGAGAGGGAAAAGUGGAAAACCAUGCCGGCAAAGUUGAGUUAUUUAGAAUACUAUAUGAAAUACAAAAUGGAGGAGACAACGCAUUCCUGUGAUCAGGCCCGGUCGGAUGAUCGGUCGAGUUCGGAAGAUGAGGCGUUGUCCGAUGAAGAGGUUAUGGUUUAACUUGUGAACAGUUCUGUGGGCACAAGCCAGCCUACUCAUUCCUCAAAGCUGAUCUUGUGUCUGUAGCCUCGGCUCUGAAGUACCGCAUGAACAAGCGAUUUUAGUCGCUGCGACUUACGGCAAAGCCAUGACAACACACUAAUUUGGGUUAGUUCGUUAAAGUGAAUUUGUGAUGGUGUCCUGGCUUUGUGGCAGGUGGCAGGAACUAAAAUGGUGUGUUUGCACGGUGCCCUAGAGAUCCUUUGAUAGAUGGGGUGGGAACAAAAACGGAGGGUGAACACCGAAUCCUUGAUGUGAUAGUAAACCAAGUAGUAUGCAAGAGUACGAGAUGGGUGACAAAGAGGUUUAUGGUUUUGAGAUGAUCGUGUCUAACUGUUUUACAAAGAACCGUUUGUUGUAUCAUGAAUCAUCUAUUCUAAGUUGUAAUUUUCUACUCUUACUUUUUAUCUCGUCUUGAAAUCUGUCUCCACCUUGAUGUACUGCUGUAAUCUUGUCUUCGCAUGCUCUAUCAUCUUGGUGUAGGUUUCUAAAGUUAUGAUUCAAGUGAUUAAAGGGGGACUAUAGGUAGAAGCUAGGAGGUCGCGUGUCUCCCGUCUCUAAUGUCCACUGUGAGGGAAUUGGGUCGGGUUUCACUGAGUGACAAAAGUAAUCCUUGUACAUAUGGUCUCCCUUAAGUAUGGUGUAUUUUGUGUUAGCAACUGGUGGUCUUUUUUGGCCAGUUUACAAUUGAGACUGUGUCUGGUCUUCAAAUAAGUUUCAGUUUUAUCAUGUUGUUGUAUACUAUUAGUGUAUCAGUUGCCAAAUAAUGAAUCAUGGAAAUUUUUAUUCUGAUGCUGUAAUCACUGAGAGAAACUUUUACCCUAAGUUACUUCCAAAAAUAUUCCAAAUGUUAUAUGAUGUGGAGGUUGUCUAUAGUCAUUUCAUAAUCAUGCAUCAGCAACAGUUAGUUAUACUAGUGAGGUACAUUAGUAAAGAGUCUUAUUGUUACUUUUGGUACCAACAGCAGUGUCCUAGAUCAGGGCCCUGUGUUCAAAACAAAAUUGAGCCGUGUCUCUAUAUUUCAUUGAGUAGAAUACACUCUAUACUAAAGUAGGCUUCUCUUCCUGUUGUGUGCUCAGUUUUCAUGAGAGGAAAAUAAGAUUUUCCUGUUCCCAUAUAUUCCAUAAAUACGGCUUUUGUAAAUUGGUCCCCAAUUAUGACGAGAAGUCUCUGUGUCGUAGUGAACACUUCGCGAGCUUAAUACUUUUGCUAGAGGCCAGCUGGGAUACAAUUGAGACUUCAGGGGUGGAGAAAUGUUCAACAUAAUGGUUUUAUCACUGGAAAAUGCACCCAUUCGCCGAGAUAAAGGGACACAAAAAUCAGAAAAUGAUGUUUUUGCAAACAUAUAGUGUCACAAAAUUAAAGGGAUUUUAUAGUAUAUUAUGAGAGCCAGUGAUGUACAUGUUCCAUGCACUCAGAAGAUUCCAUACAAGUUACAUAUUUAUCUUUGUUACUAUGUUUUCUUUCAAAUAAACAGUAAAGGAUAAACAUCUAAUGUUGAAA